UUUUUUAAACCAAAAUUUGAGGUACUUACUUCUCGUACUUAGAAAAUAAAAGCUCACAAUUUGACUUGGAAAAAUGAAGGAAGAUAAACAACCAACAAUGAAACUGCCUAUUCCACUGAAUUUACCAAAAGAAGAAUUAGAAGAAUUAGUAGAUAAAGCAAAAGAUUGGGCGCUUAUGAAUGGAAUGUGCUUGAGAUCGAAAAAAAAUUUUGAUAGAAAUGUCUUGCAAUUCGCACCGUUCAUGCUUUUUCCAUCACCAUUUCCACGAGAAGAGUUUUAUAACGCCUGUGAUAUUCAGAUCAUUUUGAAUAUACUUAUACAUAGAGUAGCUCAUGAUUAUGAUUUUUUGAAAGAUACUUUGCAAGAAACUAUAAAAGUGGACGAUUUUACUAAAAAUUUAUUCAGUAUCUAUGAGAUUAUUCACAAGGAAGGAAUUGCUCAGAAAAUAUCUCUUGGUAUAUUACGCUCUGACCUAAUGUUAGACACAAGUUGUCCCAAGAAAGAUAUUAAAAUGCUCAAGUCUCAUUGCUGCUGGAAGCAAGUUGAGAUAAAUACAAUUGCUUCUGGAUUCGGUUGGCUAGGACCUGCAUCUACGCAGUUACACAAGUUUGUCUUGCAAGAACUUGGCUAUACGGCUGAGCUAAAAAAUCUUCCUAAAAAUAAUGCUCUACAAGCACUUUGUUCGGGUUUCAUAGAAGCAUGGAACUUAUAUGGCAAUCCACAAGCAGUUAUUUUGUUUGUUAUUGAAGACAUUACAUAUAAUAUUUGCGAUCAGCGUUUCCAUGAAUACGAAAUUCGUAAGCAGAAUCCAAAUAUAAAAGUAAUUCGCAGAAAUUUAACGCAAUUAGCGACUACUGCGAGAUUGGGCCCUGAUAUGGAGCUAGUAGUAAAUAGUUACGUUAUAGCAGUAGUUUACUACAGGUGCGGUUAUGAGCCUAAUCAGUAUCACACCCAAAAAGAAUGGGACGUGAGGUUGCUAAUUGAGAAAUCAUUGGCGAUCAAAUGCCCAAGCAUUCAAUAUCAUUUAGCUGGUACAAAGAAGAUUCAACAAACUCUCGCAAAGCCCGGUAUGAUUGCACGUUUCUUAAAGGAUGAAAAGACUGCGGCAAAAGUCAAAGAAGUAUUCACUGGUUUGUAUCCGCUGGAUUUUGAUGAAUUUGGAAAUGCCGCUAUAGAGAUGGGUAUUUCCAAUCCUCGGAGUUUCGUGUUAAAGCCGCAGAGAGAAGGCGGUUGUAAUAACUUAUACGGAACAGAUAUCAAAGAUUUUCUAGAAUCUGUAAAAUCCAAACAGAAUCGAGUAGCUUGGAUUCUUAUGGAUCGAAUUUAUCCACCAGUGCACAGAAAUUAUGUUGUGAAAUAUGGAAAUGGAAAUAUGAAUUUAGAGACAAAGGAGCUAAUCUCAGAGUUAGGCAUAUUCGGUGUUAUUAUUGGAGAUGAGAAGAAUAUUAUAAUAAAUAAACAAGCUGGUCAUAUGUUAAGAACAAAAUUAUCCACCGAUAAUGAAGGCGGUGUGGCUACCGGUUUAGGAGCUUGCGAUAGCCCGUUUUUAAUUGACUGAUAUGUGAAAUUAUUUCUAUCACGUAAAAACCAUAUACUACUUGCUAUGCAGUUAUAUUAUAUCAUUCCUUUCGUAAAAUAAUAUUUUUCUUUUGAUAUG